AUGAAGAACAAUCUUUUUGGAGGAAUCCCAUUCAAUUGUGGUGAAAGAUAUAGGUUGAUAAAACUGGUUGGUACAGGUGCCUAUGGUUCAGUGGUUCUGGGUUUUGAUCAAUAAAACUAGAAUAUGAAAGUGGCUAUCAAGAAACUCAAUUAAAUCGAAGAUGUCAUUGAUGCAAAAAGAAUCCUAAGGGAAAUCAAAAUCCAAAGAUCAAUGAAUCAUUAAAAUAUUCUCAAAAUAUAUGACAUUAUUUACGACAAAAAGACUGAUCGAUUUGGAGAUAUUUAUAUAGUAAGUCCCUACUUUCCAGUUGACCUCGAUAAAAUUAUUAAAAGCAGUCAAGAAUUGACAGUCACUCAAGUCUAAUUUAUUAUGUAUCAACUAUGCAAGGGACUCUACUAUUUGCAUUCCUCUGGUUCCAUUCAUAGAGAUAUCAAGCCAGGAAAUAUAUUGGCAAAUGAAAAAUGCGAAGUUUGCUAUUGUGAUUUUGGCUUUGCUAGAAAGUACGAUGAACUUCAUGAUUAAUUCGAAGAGAACAUGACUGAAUACGUAGUCACUCGAUAUUACAGAGCCCCUGAAAUCAUGUUAUCUAGUUAAUAAUACUCAAAACCAGUAGACAUCUGGUCUUUGGGAUGCACCUUCGCUGAACUUAUGAGUCGCAAAACUCUCUUCAAUGCUCCAAAUUACAUACAAAUGCUUAAGAUGUUCUUUAAUAUCUUAGGCAAACCCUCUGAUGAUGAACUUAAUCAAUUUGUUACCAAUGAAAAUGCUCAUUCCUUUCUGUAAACCUUGCCCCCAAAACCAAAGCAACCUGCAUCAAAUAGUGUUCCAUAUCCUGAUCCUAAAGCCAGAGAUCUACUUGAUUAGAUGCUUGAAAUCAACCCAAAAAACAGAAUUACUGCUUAAAAAUGUUUAGAACACCCUUUUUUCGAGUCGAUUAGAAACCAAGCAGAAGAAAUCACAUUUGCUGGUAACCUAGAAUGCGAUUUUGAAAAUGAUGAUUCUAUUACCCUAAACAAUUUGAAACAACUAAUUUUGAUUGAAAUCAAUCAAAUCAAAGCAAAGAAUAAUGAAGCAUAAAUUGUUAUCGAAGAAGAGAUGAAAAGACUUAACCUUUAUUGA